GAACUCGUGGCCUUAAUACAUGCUUGUUGAGUGCUCUGCCACUGCACUAGACCCCCAGGUAAAAUGAAUCUCUCUGAAUUAUUUAUCAGUAGUAAGUACUGGGUUUAUAUACUUACAUCAUAUACCUGUACACAUGAGGUUGAAUACACGUUUCCUGCCUACAGGGGCUGCAGAUGACAAAAUCCUAAACAGCUUGCUCGGAGCCAGCCAACACUGGAGGGGAAGGAGAGAGGCAGCCCGGCAUGUGGAAAGCAGAGAUGGACGAGACUCAGGUCCUGCUCUGAAAGGAGGGAGGAGGGAGGAUUCUAGAUCUUUAGGCUGGAAGAAAUCGCAUGAGGGCAUCUAAUCUCCAACUGAAAAGACAGCUGAGACCUAGGAGUCUUCCUCCUCCUCCUCCUCCUCUUCCUCCUCCUCCUCCUCCUCUUCCUCCUCCUCCUCCUCCUCUUCCUCCUCUUCCUCCUUCUCCUCCUCUUCCUCCUCCUCCUCCUCCUCCUUCUUCUUCUUCUCCUUCUUUUUCUCCUCGAGACAGGAUUUGUGUUGCCCUGGCUCUCCUGGAACUCGCUUUGUAGCCCAGGCUGGCCUCAAACUCACAGAGAUCCACCUACCUCUGCCUCCCGAGUGCUGGGAUUAAAAACGUGUACCAGAACCGCCCGGCCUAGCAGACAGGGGUCCUCUAGUGAGUGGUCAGGGAAAGCCGAACAGCCUGGAUGGACCACGAUUUUGCCCCACCUCCUCCAGAGAUGCAGCCGCACAGGGCUCCAGGCUCCAGAACUUCUUUCUCUCGAAGCCACAUGCUGGGGCGCCAUACCCACCAAAAGCUCACUGGAGAUGUGUCCCCUCUCAUCCCUGCCAUCAAGAAGACUGUCCAUUUGGAUGCCUUCCCCCAAAGCAGUGUCCUACAGACUUCCAGCCAACCAAGCUUUAGAUCCAGGGCCUGGAGUAUGUCCCAACGGGGCACCCUAGGGCCCCUAAGCUCCCUGCCUCCCAAUAGUUUUAUGCCCAGGAAACUCAGCUCUAUUUCUUUAACAAUUCGCCAGAACGUCCCCACACGGCCCCUGGAUGCCCCACUUUCUCAUUGGGAAGAGUUGCCCAAUUUGGGCAAGGAAGCUGUCACCCAUGGAGAAGGGAGGCUGUUCACUUCAAGAUCACCACCCAUGGCCCAAGUGCCAGAGGUCAGGACCUCCUCUGAAGGCCAUGGGAACCCAGAUCUUACCAAAUCCAAUAGAACACCCUCAGGGGAUAAGCCACUGGUGUCUUCAUGUCUGGCUUUACCUUUCCAAUCUCAGUUUACUCAGAGUUCAGGCCUUGUGGGUCAAGUCCAAACCAGAACCUCUCCAGGAAGAGGCAAAUCCAAGCCCAGGAGUAUUCCCAGAUCCCGAGCGUACCUCCAAAGGGUUGCUACGCCUACAAAUUUGUCUGCCGUGGGCACAAAACUAGAUAUAGCCAGAAAUUUGGGCACAAUGGCCAUCAACAGACCUGAGCUGAGUGUCAGUAUGCCCACACCAAACCCGUCUAGAAUGAUCAGAGGCACUGAGCUUCCUAUUCUGGGUGCCAAGACGGGCAUGACCAUUGACUUACCUAUAGCAUCCAAGGCAGGAAAGGCCACGGAUUCGGUGAUAACAGGCCCAACCAAACUAGGCACAGCCAUGAAUUUAGCUGGAGCAGAGACAACCAAGUCAAGCCAAGUUCUGAAGCUGGUAACUGCAGACUCAGACAAGCUGGAAAAUGUCAUGGUUGGGACGACAGUGGGCACAACCAUGGCUUUGGAAAAAGCAGAUCAGGUUGAUUUGGGCAUGACCAGGUUGGACACAGCCACGGCUUUGGCUGGAGCCGAUCUAGCCGAGCUGGAUACAACUACAGAUUCUUCUGUGUUGGACACAAGCGGGCUGGGUACCGCCAUGGAUUCAGUUGUGCUGGUCUAUCCACUCCCAGCCACUGGUGAGACCAAUCACCUGACCAUCUCAGACGCUGCAAGCUGUUUCCUGAUGCCAAGCAGAAGCACAGACCCAGGCCAGGACCAUGCCACUGUGGAUGCUGCCACAGACAGUGCCACCAAACCUACCUCGCUGAACCUGGCCAGAGAACCCAAAGGUAAGAACUUGGUUGGGGAAGUACCGUGGCUGGGGGAGCAGGGAUCCAACAGUCUCGAUAGGUUGAGAAAGAGAGCGGGGACUCUCGGGUCAGAAUCGAAUGGGUGGCAGAAAAGGAGACAAGGGUUGAGGGUCUGAAGAGGAUUGUAUCCCCUGAGCUAAGCUCCUGGAAGUCAGGCUGAGGGAAGCUACCAGGAGGAAGGUUUACAGCUUAAGCUGUGGAGAAGCAGGUACACUGAGCCCUCUCUUGACCAUGAGCUAUGCUUGUUUCUUAGUUCUCUGAAAAGGCAGAAUAAUUGGGUGAGUCCAGCUUUAAGGGAAGUCUGAGUUCGAGGCCAGCCUGGGCCACAGAGCGAGCUCCAGGACAGCCAGGGCUACACAGAGAAACCCUGUCUCGAAAAACCAAAGACAAAACCGAACGAACACCAAGUCUAAUGUUGCCAAACACAGACAAGCUCUUCAGUCUGACAUCCCAGAGCUUCUGUGGGUGGGAGAUAAUGACCUCAGGGAGACCUCAAUCAAUUCACAAAUAGCUUUGUAGGAGAUCUGCGAUUUAAAAGGUCCAUCGUUGAUUGGGAGAUAAAGGCAGGGGGAUAAGUAGUUCAAGGCCAGCCUUACCUGGAAGUCUUUCUUGACUACAGUUCUUUAAAGUUGAAGGUGUGUGUGUGUGUGUGUGUGUGUGUGUGUGUGUGUGUGUGUGUGUGUAUGUGUGUGUGUGUGUGUGUACAUCCUACACACAGAUCUAUAAACAGGUCAGCACAAGGGCUAGAAAUACUAUGGAUGUCUCUGAGAGGUUUGUGGCAUACCGAAGUCACACCAGAGUUAAGUGGUGGCAGUACAUCGAUUGGAAACCAGACCUGGCCAACUUGGAGCAAUCUCAUUCUCAACAUUCCCAAAGCUCAGGUUCUGGGUUAGGAAGAAGGCUUGGAAAGUACCCAGUCCAGCGCUUGAACUGGGUCCUGGGCUUGUCAAAGCCUUUCUCAUCCCACUAGGCACACAGCCUAGUCCUCAGGCUUUGCUGUCCGACCCUGGCUCUCCAUCUUCAGCUCAGCUCUCUUCUGAAAUACAGACAGCUACGUCUGCUGGACUCCUCCAUCUGGGUAUCUCCGGGGCGUGUCUAGAGGCAGGGAGACCCUUUCUUCUAGAACAGUGGUUCUCAACCCCUUUGGGGGUUGCAUAUCAGAUAUCCUGCAUAUCAGAUUCAUAACAGUAGUAAAAUUACAGUUAUGAAGUAGCAACAAAAUAAUUUUAUGGUUGAGGGUCAUCAUGACAUGAGGAACUGUAUUAAAGGGUUGCAGCAUUAGGAAGGUUGAGAACCACUGUUCUAGAAACAGCCGCUGCCCUCCCCCACAUCUCCCUCUCUCAGCUGCAGGCACCACCCACCUUUGAUCCAGUGAUUAGAUCCCCAGGUAACCUGCCUUCCUCCUUUUCUGUCUCCAUCCUGUUCUGUCUUUUCUCAGUCUGAUUUAUGUGCCUCCUCUGUACUUGACCAUGUGGCUGUCAACACUUUUUUUUUUUCCUUUUGAGACAAUGUAUCUAUGUAGCCCUGGCUGUCCUGGAACUAACUACGUAGACCAGGCUGACCUCAAACAUACAGAGAUCCAGCCGGCUCUGCCUCUGCCUCCUGAGUGCGGGCAUUAAAGACGUGUGCCACCACCACCCCGCAGCUGUCACAGCUUUGUACCCUUCUGCUUCUCCCGUCCUCACAAAGCUGCCACAGAGACUUAGCCAUUUGGUGGCAGAGUUUUAAAGUCUCACUAUUACCACCUCUAAAGCUUGCUGCUCAGCCUGCCUCUCCACCCUCUUAGCUGGGGGCAGUCUUUGUCCGUUAUCUUUCCUGCCUCAGCCCAGGCCAGCGUUCGGAGUUAUCCACUGCACUGCUCUGCCUCCGCUGGGCUUCGCAGGCCCCGUUGCCCUUCCCUGGAGAACGCCCUUUUAUUCCUUUUUCUCAUCACCAUUUGCUUUUUCACGUUGGCGCUCGCCUGCUCCAAACCUUCCAUUAUCUCCGUGGUGCCUGUUUGCUUGCACCCCACAGCACUUGUGUGAACCAGCUUUCGGAUUUCUGUUAGACCCCAAACCUUUAAGGUCAAGAAGGUUUGGUCAUCCUCAGCCCUGUGCUCCCAGGGUCGACCAACAAGCCAUCGUCAACGCAUCCAAGACUUUUCGG